AUGUCUUCGGUCAAGAGAGCUCGUCAUGAUGGUGCUGAGUCGAGUAUCGUUGGCGGUCAUGAAACAGCGAGGUCGAGGUUGCUGAAACCGCUGGUCUACUCUGGCUCGUUGGACGGCUUCAAGCAUCAGGACUCGACUCCGAGCAUCGGCAGAGAAUAUGAAGGCCUGCAAGUGAGGGAUCUGUUGAAAUGGGGCGACGAGAUGAUUCGGGAUCUGGCCAUAACUAUCUCACAAAGAGGUGUCGUCUUUCUCCGCGACCAGGAUGUGACGCCACACGAGAUGAAGGAUCUGAUGCUCCGCAUCACCGAACUUUCAGGCUGCCCUGAAUCAUCUGGUCUGCACGUCCACCCUCUGACCGAAGAAGGCUCAGAGCUCGGCGACCAGAUCUCCGUCAUCAGCAGCGAAAAGCAGAAGAAGGGUGGCGGCCUCACACACCAGCUGUCCGACGUCAGCCGCUUCGCAUCCGCAGGCUGGCACACGGAUAUCUCCUUUGAGCCCGUGCCGUCCGACUACGCCAUGCUGAAGAUCCACACGCUGCCAGCAACAGGCGGCGACACGCUCUGGGCGUCGGGCUACGAGAUCUACGACCGCCUGUCGCCGACCAUCAGGACCCUGCUUGAAGGCCUAACGGCCACGCACGACGCGAAAUUCUUCCUUGACGAGGCCGCGCGCCUGGGAAACCCGAUCCGCAAAACGAUUCGCGGCAACCCCCUCAACUUCGGCGAAGGCCUGACCGCCAUCCACCCCGUGAUCCGCACAAACCCCGUCACCGGCUGGAAAUCCGUCUACGUCAACAAAGGCUUCACCAAGCGCAUCAACGGCGUCACAAAAGACGAGUCCGACAUGCUGCUCGGCUACCUGUUCAACCUGCUGACGCAGAACCACGACGCGCAGGUGCGCUUCAAGUGGCGGCGCAACGACCUCGCCAUCUGGGACAACAGGAGCAUGUGGCACUGCGCGACGUACGACUACAGCGACGCCAGAGCGGGGGAUCGCGUGUGCAGUCUCGGCGAGGCGCCGUAUCUGGACUUGAACAGCAGGAGUCGCAGGGCGGAUUUGGAGGAGAGGGCGAAUGUUGAGGCGGGGCUGGCAGGUCGGUGA